AUGAGCAAACCUAAGAUAUUAAUUAGUCAAAUAAAAAAUGUAUGUGAUAUUAAGUUACGAAAUUUGAAGGGAAUUGAAUCAUGUAAGAAAAAAAUUUUUGGAUAUGUUGAGAAUAUGCCAGGAGAGAAGAACUGGCUAAAACCUUUGGUUGGAAAAAGUAUGCAGAAUUAUUAUUUUCCAUCGAAAUAUUUACAUUUGGAUUUUAAUUUAAAGGAAUAUUUAAGAAUGCAGACAGUGCGUUUUAAAAAAAAAGAAACUGAUGAGAGUUUACUAAAAUUACAAAAAUGCAUCAAUAUGAUAAUUGAAAAUAAGGAUAUUAUUGAUAAGUUCUUAUGUAAAAUACCCAAGGAGUUAUUUAUAGAAAAUCAGAGUUUAAAAGAUUUUUAUGAGUUAUAUUUAACUAUUUAUCCAAGUCAUAUAUAUAAGCCAAAUUUAUUGUUUGAUAUAAAAGAAUUAAAUCUGGAGAAAGAAAGAUUUAGUUGGUUUUUUUAUAAUAAAAAAAAUGAUGGAGAAGAGAAAAUAAUUAUAAAUGAUAGUAAAAAUAAUCAUAUAUUAAAUCAUAAUGAAGGGAAUAAAAUAAAUAAAAAUAAUAUGGAAUUAGGAAAUGAAGAAAAGAAUCAAGAUAAGGAUAAUACAAAAAAUAAUCAUAUGCAAAACGAAAACUUUUCGAAUUAUGAAAAUAUAAUUUUUAAUAAAACAAAGAAAAAGAUAAAAUUUAAAAAAAUUAUAUGUAUGGAUCAAAUUAACAAAGAAACAAAUAAAAAUAAUACUUCUCUUAUAAAUAAUAUUAUGAGCAAUGAUGACAACAUUUAUUAUCUUGAUAAUGAUUUGAAUGUAGGUUUAGAAAAGACAAUAACAAACGAUAAUAAAACUAAUGAAGAGAUAGAAAAAACAAAAAAUGAGUUUUAUAAUUUAUUAAAUGAAAAUGAAAGCUUAAAAAAAACAUUAUCAAUACGAAAUCGUUUUAUAGAUCCUCUAUAUUUAAGAAGAAGAUAUUCUUACAUAGAUAAAUUAACCAAAAAGAAAAUUAAGAAGGAAAAACAUAAAACAUAUAGAAAGCAUUUCAUACAACAUGCUGAUGAGAAAAAGGUAUGGCCAGAUAAUAAAGGAUUAUUAAAUAAGAUUUAUCCAAAUCCAUAUUCAUAA